CCAUUUCGCCGCCGCCUCCAUGCAAGUUGAGGUGCGCUCGCCGGUUGUCUGUGGAGAAGACAGGAGUCGCGGACUAUCCUGAGAGGGCUGUGCUCUCGGGCACUAGGAGGCGGACGCCGGUCUGAAGAAGAUUUGAAUCAUGGGUGAUGUUAAAAAUUUCCUGUAUGCCUGGUGUGGCAAAAGGAAGAUGACCCCAACCUAUGAAAUUAGAGCAGUGGGGAACAAAAACAGGCAGAAGUUCAUGUGUGAGGUCCGAGUGGAGGGAUACAAUUACACUGGCAUGGGCAAUUCCACCAAUAAAAAAGAUGCCCAGAGCAAUGCGGCCAGAGACUUCGUUAACUAUUUGGUUCGAAUUAAUGAAGUAAAGAGUGAAGAAGUCCCAGCAGUUGGGGUGGCACCUCCGCCCUCAGUUACUGAUACACCUGACACCACAGCAGAUACUGGGGGAGGUUUACUGACAACCAUGGGAGGACCUCUUCCUCCACAUCUGGCUCUCAAGGCAGAAAACAAUUCUGGAGUUGGGGCCUCUGGCUAUGGUGCUCCUGGACCCACCUGGGAUCGAGGAGCCAAUUUGAAGGAUUAUUACUCAAGAAAAGAGGAGCAGGAAGUACAAGCGACUCUGGAGUCCGAAGAAGUGGACUUAAAUGCUGGGCUUCACGGAAACUGGACCUUGGAAAAUGCCAAGGCUCGUCUGAACCAAUACUUUCAAAAAGAGAAGAUCCAAGGGGAGUACAAGUACACCCAAGUGGGCCCUGAUCACAACAGGUGGAGGAGAAUGAGAUUGAGUGCUGACUUUAAGCCUGGCUGAGAAACAUACUGGCAUCGGUGUCAUUAAUGAAAGGGUGGAUGUUGUUCCCCUGAAAGCCAGUGGCCUUUGACCCCCGAAGCCGCUGUGCCUGAAGGAGCUUUAUUGCAGAAAUGACCAUUUAUAUCAAGCAGCUGGGCAGAAGAAUUUUUGCACGUGAACACGGAUCAAAUAAAAAACUGGCAGCACAGUCCUGUGCACUGUCCCUCGUCAGACAGCUCUACCAUCUUGGAGUGAUUGAAGCUUACUCUGGACUUACAAAGAAGAAAGAAGGAGAGACAGUGGAGCCUUACCAAGUGAACCUCUCUCAAGAUUUGGAACAUCAGCUGCAAAACAUCAUUCAAGAGUUAAAUCUUGAGAUCGCGCCCCCACCUGAUGAUCCUUCUGUUCCUGUUGUCCUCAAUCUUGGCAAAUUGGCUCAUUUUGAGCCAUCUCAGCGACAGAACCAGAUGGGUGUGGUUCCCUGGUCACCUCCACAGUCCAACUGGAAUCCGUGGACGAGCAGCAACAUCGAUGAGGGGCCCCUGGCUUAUGCUACUCCGGAACAAAUUAGCAUGGACCUCAAGAAUGAAUUAAUGUACCAGCUGGAACAGGAUCAUGAUUUGCAAGUAAUCUUACAGGAGAGAGAAUUACUGCCUGUGAAGAAAUUUGAAAGUGAAAUCUUGGAAGCAAUUAAUCAAAAUCCAGUUGUCAUUAUCCGUGGCGCUACUGGAUGUGGUAAAACCACACAAGUUCCCCAGUUUAUUCUAGACGACUUUAUCCAGAAUGACCGAGCAGCAGAGUGUAAUAUUGUAGUGACUCAGCCCAGGAGAAUCAGUGCCGUUGCUGUGGCAGAGCGAGUUGCGUAUGAGAGGGGAGAAGAGCCUGGGAAAAGCUGUGGCUACAGUGUUCGAUUUGAGUCCGUACUUCCCCGCCCUCAUGCCAGUAUCAUGUUUUGUACUGUGGGUGUGCUCCUAAGAAAAUUAGAAGCAGGCAUUCGAGGAAUUAGUCAUGUGAUUGUAGAUGAAAUACACGAAAGAGACAUAAAUACUGACUUCCUUUUGGUAGUGUUGCGUGAUGUGGUUCAGGCUUACCCUGAAGUUCGCAUUAUUCUCAUGUCUGCUACUAUUGAUACCAGCAUGUUCUGUGAAUAUUUCUUCAAUUGCCCCAUCAUUGAAGUCUAUGGGAGGACUUACCCAGUUCAAGAAUAUUUUUUGGAAGACUGUAUUCAGAUGACCCACUUUGUUCCUCCGCCAAAGGACAAGAAGAAGAAGGACAAGGAAGACGACGGUGGUGAGGAUGAUGACGCAAAUUGCAACUUGAUCUGUGACGAGGAAUACGGCCCAGAAACAAAGAUGAGCAUGGCUCAGCUGAAUGAAAAGGAAACUCCUUUUGAACUCAUCGAGGCUCUGCUUAAGUACAUUGAGACCCUUAAUGUUCCUGGAGCUGUGUUGGUUUUUCUGCCUGGCUGGAAUUUGAUUUAUACUAUGCAAAAGCAUUUAGAAAUGAAUUCACAUUUUGGAAGCCAUAGGUACCAGAUUCUGCCUCUGCAUUCUCAGAUUCCUCGAGAGGAGCAGCGUAAAGUGUUUGACCCAGUACCCAGUGGAGUAACCAAGGUUAUUUUGUCCACAAACAUUGCUGAGACGAGCAUUACUAUAAACGAUGUUGUUUAUGUCAUUGACUCCUGCAAGCAAAAAGUGAAGCUGUUCACUGCUCACAACAACAUGACCAACUACGCCACAGUGUGGGCAUCCAAAACCAACCUGGAACAGCGCAAGGGGCGUGCUGGCCGCGUGCGGCCGGGGUUCUGCUUCCACCUCUGCAGCCGAGCUCGUUUUGAGAGACUCGAAACCCACAUGACACCAGAGAUGUUCCGAACGCCGCUGCAUGAAAUUGCUUUGAGCAUAAAACUGCUGCGUCUGGGAGGGAUCGGCCAGUUCCUGGCCAAGGCGAUUGAGCCUCCGCCUCUGGAUGCCGUGAUUGAAGCAGAGCACACGCUUAGAGAGCUUGAUGCAUUAGAUGCCAAUGAUGAAUUGACUCCUCUGGGACGGAUCCUGGCUAAACUCCCCAUUGAGCCUCGUCUUGGCAAAAUGAUGAUAAUGGGGUGCAUUUUCUAUGUGGGAGAUGCUGUUUGUACCAUCUCUGCAGCCACCUGCUUCCCAGAGCCUUUCAUCAGUGAAGGAAAGCGACUGGGUUAUAUCCAUCGAAAUUUUGCUGGAAACAGAUUCUCUGAUCACGUGGCCCUUUUAUCAGUAUUCCAAGCUUGGGAUGAUGCUAGAAUGGGGGGAGAAGAAGCCGAGAUACGUUUUUGUGAGCACAAAAGACUCAAUAUGGCUACACUCAGAAUGACCUGGGAGGCCAAAGUUCAGCUCAAAGAGAUUCUGAUUAACUCUGGAUUUCCAGAAGAUUGUUUACUGACACAAGUGUUUACCAACACUGGACCAGACAACAAUCUGGAUGUUGUUAUCUCUCUCCUGGCCUUUGGUGUGUACCCCAAUGUGUGCUACCAUAAGGAGAAGAGAAAGAUUCUCACGACCGAAGGGCGCAAUGCACUCAUCCACAAGUCGUCUGUCAAUUGUCCUUUCAGCAGCCAGGACAUGAAGUACCCGUCUCCCUUCUUUGUAUUUGGUGAAAAGAUUCGAACCCGGGCCAUCUCUGCUAAAGGCAUGACCUUAGUCAGCCCCUUGCAGCUGCUUCUCUUUGCCUCCAAGAAAGUGCAGUCUGAUGGACAGAUUGUGCUUGUAGAUGACUGGAUCAAACUGCAGAUGUCUCAUGAGUCUGCCGCCUGUGUCACUGCCCUCCGGGCCGCCGUUGAGGCUCUGGUUGUGGAAGUAACCAAGCAGCCCGAUAUCAUCAGCCAGCUGGACCCUGUGAAUGAACGCAUGCUAAACACAAUCCGCCAGAUCUCCCGGCCCUCGGCUGCUGGCAUCAACCUCAUGAUUGGCAACACACGGUAUGGAGAUGGUCCGCGUCCCCCCAAGAUGGCUCGCUACGACAACGGGAGUGGAUAUAGGAGGGGAGGCCCCAGCUACGGCGGCGGGGGCUACAGAGGUGGGGGGGGCUACGGUGGCGGCGGCUACGGUGGCGGCUCCAGCUCCUACCGGGGAGGCUACGGUGGGGGGGGUGGCUACCGAGGGGGCUCCCGAGGUGGCUACAGGGGUGCGUCAGGAGGAGACUACAGAGGGCCCACCGGAGGAGGCUACAGAGGGCCCGGGGGCUUCCAGCGAGGCGGGGGCAGAGGGGGCUGUGGGGGUGGCUACUUGGGACAAGGGAGAGGAGGAGGAGGUGGCUACUAAAGCUUGGGUAUGGCAGCGCCUGUGCACAGACCGCGGCGGGAGGAAGCAUGCUACUCGUUUUCCCAGGUUUACUUGCUGCCGACAAAUAAACCCAUUUCCCACCCAUUCUGUGGUUCAUUGUAGUUUAAGGAAACGAAGCACAUAGAUGUAUUGGUGGUUUUGUUUAUAUUAUGUAAAAUAGAAUGAUCUAUUAUAAAAAUA